AACUUCGCAUCGCCACGCGGCUAUUCAAACAGAUUCGGAGCAGCAGCAUCUCACAUCAUACCUAUCCUCUACCGAGCCAGGCUACCACAAUGCCAGCGUCUCUACCUUCUCGACCAAUGACGAGCCAUUCCUCUCGCUCGCCUCUCGCUCCCUACCCUUCAUCCCGUCCUUCCGCUUCCAAGUCGAGCAGCAGCACAGGCACGAGCACGAGCACAAGCACAGGCACGAACAAUCGACCAAAAUCGCGUACCCGUCUCUUCGUCUCCUCUCUCUCGCCAGGCGUGAAUGAAGCAGCGCUGGCUACCAUCUACAAGCCUUACGGAUCCAUCAAAGAUCUUCAUCUCGUAUUCUAUUCGACGGGCGAACUAAAGGGAAGAAGUAGAGGGUAUGCGUUUGUGGAAUUUGCAAGGAUGGAGGACGCGGAGAUGGCUCGCGUCAACACCGAUGGCAGAUUGCUGGCUGGUAAAAAUAUCCGAGUGGGAUUUGCCGAUGUGAGGGUGAGUGGAGAUGUUGAACAUGAUGGGUGGUGGACGCAUGCGCGGGUCCGCUCAGACCUGUAAAGCCAAUCGUCUUUCAGCCCGAAACAUCGUCCGGCUCGGCCACUCAUAGACACAGACAUCAAGAGACCAAGCAGCAGACGACGCUGAGCAUCGUCAAAAAUGCGAACAGGCCGGAAGGUACUUCGGCCAAGAUCGCAGCGAUGGAGGCCAAGUUGGCAGCCAUGAGAUCCAAGGGGUCCAAAUGACUCUAUCCGCAAUUCAGCUGCUCCGGAGACCUCG